AUGUCUAACUUCAAUGCGACUGUCGAAGAAACUAAGCGUGGCUUCCACGUCGAAGGUUAUGAGAAGAUCGAGUACGACUUCACAUUUGUUGACGGUAUCUUCGAUAUUGCAAAACCAAACCUUGCAGAAUGCUAUUUGAAAUUGGGAAGAGCACUUGCCGUCAUGGAUAGACAGGUUUAUGCCAUCUACGGUUCUAAAAUCAAGGAGUAUUUUGACCACCACGACAUCAAACUCACAGUCCAUCAGACAUCGAUCGGCGAAACUGCUAAAAACAUGGACACAUUCCUCGGUAUCGUCGAUAAGAUGACCAAGUUUGGGAUUAUUCGGAAGGAGCCGGUUUUAAUAGUUGGCGGCGGCUUAGCUACGGAUGUUGGCGGUUUCGCUUGUGCUGCGUAUCGUCGCAACACCCCUUUUAUACGAAUACCAACGACCUUAAUUGGUUUGGUAGACGCUGCUGUUUCCAUCAAGGUGGCAAUCAACCAUGGGAAACAGAAGAACCGCCUCGGGGCAUAUCAUGCUCCCACAAUCACGUUCCUUGACUGGAACUUCUUGCGAACACUUCCUACGGCACAGAUACGAAAUGGAUUCGCCGAGCUAAUCAAGAUUUCGUCUUGCUCUCAUCUUCAAGUGUUCGAUCUGCUGGAUAGAUUUUGUGAACAACUGAUCGAAACAAAAUUUGGCCGGGCAGAUGAGUCAAGACCUGAAAUUCGCAACGCAGCUGAUACUAUUACCUACGAUAGUAUCUAUGAAAUGCUCAAACUGGAAUCCCCUAACCUCCAUGAGAUCCGUCUUGACCGAGUGAUAGCAUAUGGUCAUACGUGGUCUCCAAUGCACGAGCUCAUUCCUGAGACCCCGUUACGCCAUGGGCAUGCCAUCUCAAUCGACAUGGCCUACUCCGCCACGUUAGCUAAACAGCGUGGACUUCUUUCGGAAAAGGAACAUCGUCGGCUACUGGAAUUAUUCUCAAGAGCCGGUUUGUCAAUUGACCAUCCUCAAUUUGACAACGAAGUUAUUGAGAAGGGAACUGCCGCUAUCUUGAAGACGCGCGAUGGCUUGUUGCGUCUUGCUGUACCAAGCCCCCUUGGUUCAUGCUGUUUUCUCAAUGAGGUAUCUAUACAAGAACUAAAACAAGCAUUGGCGGUGCAUAAAGCGAUUGCCAAGACAUAUCCUCGGGAGGGACUCGGAGUUGAGACCUACGUCGACGGUAGCGACAUGGGAUAUGUAGACUUUGAGACGGAAAGUCUAAAUGUCGAGAAAGCUGCUGAAAAAGCUAAAGUGCCCGAUAUAGUCACAUUUUCCGAACUCCGUGAUAUGUCGAAUUCGGCGGCGCUCAAAUUAUCGGAUAUCCUAGGUUCAUAUCUCGAGAACAAACAAUCUACAGUCGGAUUGCUUUGCUCGAGUAAUUUUAACUUUGUUCUAACCUGGUUAGGACUUAUGCGACUGGGACAUAUAGCACUCAUCUUAGCCCCAGAACUAGACGCUCGGGCGGUACAACAUCUUUGCGCAACUUCUAACACGAGGGUUAUUCUUGUAGACAAUACUCUAGAAGACAAAACGACUAAACUGGCUACAUCCCUGAAUAUUAUCAAAAUACCGAGUUAUAGCAACAGCUCUAUUCUCGAUGAUGGAGCUCACGACCAGAAUGUAUUCAGGGGAAGGGAAUCUGAUGUAGCCUUUCUACGACAUACAUCUGGCACAUCAUCAGGUGUUCCAAAGCUGAUAGAACAAGGUCAAUGGGGGGCUGUAGGUUGCUUGCCAGCCUUUUCACAUGCAAACCAGCCAGCUACUUUUACGACUACGCCCCUAUAUCAUGGAGGUUUGGCCGACUGCUUCAGAGCCUGGACCAGUGGAGCCAUGAUAUGGUUCUUUCCAGAGGGCUUUAUGCCUAUUACAGGGGCGAAUGUUGUCCGAUCAGUCAUCUACGCUCGUAGCAGAUGCCCGACCCCUGUGAGAUACUUCUCUUCUGUUCCAUAUGUCCUUCAGCUUUUAGUUGAUGAGUGUAAGGGCAUUGAUAUGCUUCGAAGCAUGGAGUUGGUCGGAGUCGGAGGAGCUGCUUUAGAGCCUUCUAUAGGGGAUAGACUAGUGAGACUAGGUGUCAACCUGGUAUCUCGACUAGGAAGUACUGAAUGUGGCUUUCUCCUGUCUUCACACCGCGACUAUACCCACGACAAGGAAUGGCAAUAUUUAAGAGCCACUGAAGACUCCACGUUUCUAUCAUUUGAAUCGAGAGAGAAUGGUCUAUCCGAACUAGUGGUAAACCCGAGGUGGCCCCUGAUAGAAAAGAGAAAUCGCGAUGACGGUUCCUACGCCACCGCCGACUUAUUCGAACCACACGCUUCUAUACCUAACGCAUGGCGAUAUCAUAGUCGAGCCGAUGCCCAAAUAACGCUAGCUAACGGUAAAAAAUUUGAUCCGGCCCCUCUUGAAGAUGCCAUUAAAGCAUCAAGUCACCUAGUACGAGAUACCCUUAUAUUUGGGGCAAACAAAGAGUACGCCGGCGUUCUAUUAUUUAAAGCUUUAAAUCGAUAUUCGAAUGACGAUAUAAUAAACGCAGUUUGGACAUGUGUACAGAAGUUGAAUGAGGAAACGCAAAGUCAUUGUCGUCUGAUAAGAUCAAUGCUAAUUCCCAUUGAAUCAAAAGAGGGGGAAGAACCACUCUCCAAAAGCAGCAAGGGGACUACACUAAGACGCCAAGCUGAGAGUCGCUACUCUGAUGCCAUCGCCGACGCGUAUUCUUCCGAUAAAAAUACGUCAGUGAAGAUACGGAGUAUUUCAGAUGCGGAUAUUCUCUCCGCCUUACUUGAUCUAUUUACUCAGGUUGUAGGCCGUGAAAUACACCCGCAUCGAGAUAUUUUUCAACAAGGAGUGGAUUCAAUUAUGUGCAUUCAAAUGAGGAAGCUCAUCCAAUCCAACAUUCUCUCCGACACAUCUAUUAAGUUACCCGAGGGUCUUAUUUAUGAUUGCGGGAAUGUUCGUGCUCUAGCAGAGGAGCUGAUUCGGGUGCGCAACGGCGGCAAGUUUCGCGAUUCUCGUAGGGAUAUCGAUGAAUGGAAAUUGAUGCAAGAGCUUGCAGAGAAACAUGGCCAUUUUAAGAUUCAUAAUGUCGACUUAAUCCGAGGAAAUAGAGAAGUCGUGGUACUUACUGGCGCUACUGGAAUGCUUGGAUCACAUAUACUAUCUGAAUUAUGUUGCAAUAAUAGGAUUGGCAAGAUAUACUGUUUGCUCAGGGGCGAAAGCGAGCCCAUAUGUCGGGAGCUCUUAUCGAAAGCACUACGGAAACGUAAGCUAUUAGGCCUAGACGAAUCUGAGCUCUUAAGAGGGAAAACUAUCUGUAUUCCUUGUCAACUAUCUGAAUUACACCUCGGCCUAUCCGACGAUGAGUGGAUACGCAUUGUAGCCGAAACGACUAUCUAUAUCCAUACGGCGUGGUCGGUUAAUUUUAGUCUUCCACUCAAUUCAGAGGAGUUUCAAAAUCAUAUAAAAGGGACUCAGAAUAUUAUGACUGCGGCGUUAUCGAGCAGAUCAAGAUUCUUCUUUAUCAGCUCAACAGCAGCGGUGAGCUCCAACCCAUCUGCAACCAUCGCGGAGGAGGUCUCAUUGGAUCCAUCACACGCAUCACCACUCGGCUAUUCUAGGUCGAAAUGGGUCGCUGAACGAGUGUGUACAACAGCUCGUGAACAAUUAUGCAAUGCUAUAAAGAAUGAAGCCACGAGGAACACAGAGAUCUCGGUUAUUCGUGUGGGGCAGCUCUGCGGUAAUGAGGCCGGCGUCUGGAAUACAGCCGAAGCAUAUCCACUACUAUUGUCAACUGCUCGCCUCGUAGGGUGUCUGCCGGAUUUACCGAACGAAACUGUUGACUGGUUGCCUAUGGACCAAGCCGCCAGAACAGUAUCAGAUAUCGUACUAUCAGAUUGCACCACCACUAUGUUAUCUGCUCAGUCGAAGACACCUGUCUAUCACGUUUUGAAUUUUCAUAAAUCACCUUCGUGGAAUCAGCUGCUCCACUGGAUCUCAGAGACACCAGGACACUCCCCGUUUGAAAUACUGCAGGCAGAACAGUGGUUAGAGCGGUUGGAGCUAAAAUUCGGCAGGACACGAGAAGAUCAUCCAGCCCAGGCCCUCGUUGGGCUGUGGAAACGGAGAUACUCUUCCGUGGCUGAUAUAUCUGGAACUCCAAAACCCUCUGACUUCGAUGUCACCUCGAGCUUACGGUUAUCCCAGGCUAUGAGGGAUAUGAAGCCGCUCAACUACGAGAGGGUUAUAAAGAUGUGGGACUGGAUUGAGAUGAACGUGGGUAGGUAG